AUGAUCACCCGAUGGUACUAUGAUGUCACGGAGAGGAAAUGCGUACCGUUCAUAUAUGGAGGCUGCGGUGGCAACCGCAACAACUUUGAUUCCGAGGAAUACUGCCUGGCAGUCUGUGGCAACGUCAGUAAGUGGUCUUUCUUGACCUGUGGCAGCCUGUUGCCACAGCCUCUGUUCCCGAUAACAAGUCACUUCCUGGAAACCGACCUGCCUUGUAACUAA